ACUCCUUAAUAGAGUGGAGGGGAAGUUGGUGUGCGUUAAUUUGAAUCUGGAGUAGCGCUAUAUGAGGGGAGAGUCCACGAGGAGCGACUGUGAGGAGUCAGAUUUCAGUGUUUUGGUCCUGGAGGACUGAAGGAGUCUUUGUUUCAGUUGGACCUGCGGGCAGUCCAAGGAAACCGAGAGUGAGUCAGGGGAGAUCGAGACAUUUUAAAGAGUGAGUGAGUGAGUGACUAAGUGAGUGAAGGAUAGAGCGGGUCUCCAACUCUUACCACUAUCACAUUGGAACAAGAAUACUUUUGUGUGGACUUACCAAGACUGAAAAUGACUUCCCGCAUCUCCCUGUGGUCCGUUGGAAUACACCUCACACUGUGGUACUGCCAACUGUCGACUCCAUAUCGCCUUCUGGACGAGGGGGGUUCCCAGGGCCAGAUGGACCUGACAGAGCUGAUCGGCGUUCCUCUCCCCCCCUCCGUCUCCUUCGUCACGGGCUUUGAGGGCUACCCGGCCUACCGUUUCGGGCCCGAUGCCAACGUGGGCCGCCUCACCAAGUCCUUCAUCCCUGACCCCUUCUACCGUGACUUCACCGUGAUCGUCACUGCCAAGCCCACCACGCGGCACGGCGGGGUCCUAUUCGCCAUCACCGACGCCUACCAACGGGUGGUGCAGCUGGGUGUGGCGUUGAGCCCCGUGGAGGACGGGUCUCAGCAGGUGCUCCUCUACUACACUGACCCGGGGGUCGGGAGCACCCAGGAGGCUGCGAGCUUCAAACUGGCUGACCUGACGGGGAGGUGGGCCCGCUUCACGUUGACUGUGCAGGGGACAGAGGUGCGUCUCUACAUGGACUGUGAGGAGUACCACCGUGUGGCCUUCCAGAGGAGCCCGGAGCCCCUCACCUUCGAGGCCAGCUCGGGCGUCUUCGUGGGCAACGCAGGUGGUACGGGGCUGGACAGGUUUGUGGGUUGUAUCCAGCAGCUGGUUCUGAAGGGAUACCCCACAGCCCAAGAUGACCUGUGUGAAGAGGACGACCCCUAUGCAUCUGGCUAUGGGAGUGGAGACGACUCCUUCGAUGACACAGAAACUCUGGAUGAAGUGAAGAAGGUAGUGGAGGAGAGAGAGUACACCGUGCCAGAGGAACCAUGGGGCACCCCUGUGCGCGCCCCUCCCACAGAGGCAUCGCCCAGUGACGAUGAGGAUGCUGAUGAGAUCUCAGGUCAAGAUGUGGAGCUGAAAGUAGAGAGAGGACCAAGUCGGACUGCGGAUGCAGACUACAGACCAAGCAGUGGGACUUCCAGUCAGAAAGGAGAGCAAGGAGAUCCAGGGCCAGCCGGCCCCCCUGGCUCCCCUGGGCCCCCAGGCCCACACAGUCUCUUUAGCAAAGGCUUCUCUCAGGGAUUGCCAGGACCCAGGGGCCCCCAGGGGCCCCCAGGAACACCCGGUAACGACGGCCAGCCAGGAGAAACUGGAGUUCAGGGAUUCCCAGGCUUGCCAGGAGAUCCUGGUCCCAAAGGAGACAAGGGUGAUUCUGAAGUGGGCAAACCUGGUCCCCCCGGACCUCCUGGACCACCGGGUCGACCAAACUCAUCCAGAUCCCCGGAUGGUGUGGACGGCUCAGGCUUAGAGUACUUUGACGGAGACACAGAGAUUAUGACAGGUCCACCUGGUCCUCCAGGGCUUCCUGGGCCCCCAGGUUCAUCUGAGGGCCUCUCUGCGUCCCCUGGGGCUCCCGGGGAAAACGGGAAGGAUGGAGAGAUGGGUAAACCUGGACUGCCUGGCGUUGAUGGGAAUGAUGGGUUCCCUGGUCCAGCUGGCGAGAGAGGAGAGAAGGGUGAGCCGGGUCUGAGCGGAACACAUGGACCAAAGGGGGAGCCAGGUGCUGCAGGGUUCCCAGGUCUGCCCGGCUCAGAGGGACCAGAGGGGAAGACAGGUCUGAGGGGGCCCCCUGGGCUACCGGGACCGCCAGGACGGGGCUUCAGCUUGGACCUGGAGGGACCUAUUGACAAACCUGGCCGUCCAGGACCUAAGGGCGAAGACGGGCAGGACGGGCUUCCUGGUGUAGCGGUAAAGGGGGAGCCUGGUGCUCCAGGAGCAGCUGGGGCCUCUGGGCUGGAUGGACUGCCAGGGCAUACAGGAGCGAAGGGGGACCAAGGUGAUAUGGGACCAAAGGGAGAGAGAGGUCAGGACGGUUUCAGUUUCCCCGGCCCUCCAGGACCUCCUGGGUCUUCGGGAUCUGUUAUCAACCUCCAGGAUGUCCUGCUCAGUGAUAAAGAGGGUGUGUUUAACUUCUCAGGGCUGCUGGAAUCUCAGGGGCUCAGGGGGCCACAGGGUCCAAAAGGUGACUUGGGGAUUCCAGGGACCAUAGGGCCUCCAGGCUUAAAGGGCGAGAAGGGUGAGCCAGGGGCCAUGGUUGCAGCAGACAGGUCUAUGAUGUCUGAACUCACAGGGCCACAGGGCCCCAAAGGGAUCAAGGGCGAUUGUGGUGUUCCUGGGCCAACUGGAGUUACGGGUCCCAUUGGGCCAGAAGGACCCAAAGGAGAAUAUGGCUAUCCUGGUCGUCCGGGUCGUCCCGGAAUAAUGGGGCAUAAAGGAGACAGAGGAGACGCUGUGGGUGUGUCGGGAUCCCCUGGCCCCCCCGGGCCCCCAGGACGUCCCGGAAUGUUCAACUGCCCCAAAGGAACAGUUUUUCCCAUCCCUCCCAGACCGCACUGCAAAAAGGCCAUAAAUGGCUCUGAGAAUUCAACAAAUGGGGGGCCGGUUUGUCCUUCGUCUGGGACCAAAGGGGACAAAGGGGAGAGGGGCUUCCCUGGGAUGCCUGCCCCGCCACUCACAAUGCUUCCCAAAGGAACUAUGGGGAACAAAGGGGACAAGGGGGAGAAGGGGGAGGCCGGGUUACCUGGUAUGCGUGGGACAUCUGGAAUGGUGGGCCCUCAAGGAGAAACUGUUAUGGGGCCCCCUGGCCAUCCAGGUGUUCCGGGGUCUCCAGGUACUCCGGGGUAUGGAAGACCUGGCCCUGAAGGCCCCCAAGGGCCUCCUGGACACCCCGGAGCACCCUCUCCAGCUGUGACCAUCCCUGGACCUCAAGGCCCCCCUGGCCCAGCUGGACCUCCUGGGGCCUCUGCCGUGAUGGAGACAUUUCCUUCCAGCGAGGUCAUGAUGCAAAGGACGAUGAACAGCAGAGAGGGGACCCUGAGCUACGUCACCACGGGGACAGGCAAACUCUACAUCCGGGUACAAGAGGGAUGGAAGGAGGUCCUGCUUGGUAACUUGAUCUACCGCCCAGUCAAUAUCCCUCUACCUGACACGGCUCAGCCAGGCACCGCCAGAAGAUAUGGGCUCAACCUGGUGGCCCUGAACCAACCCUACACAGGGAACUUCGGUGGCGACGACAUGAUAGACAAGCGGUGCUAUGACCAGGCCAUGGCCAUGGGUCUGCCUGCCAACUACCGAGGCUUCGUAUCCUCAAAAAUACAGACAAUUAAUAAAGACCUGGUCCCUCAGAGGUUCAGACAGAGCUACCCCAUAACCAACCUCAGGGGGGACAUUUUGUUCAGUAACUACAAGUCUAUCUUCACUGGGGGUGGAGGCAAAUUCCCAUCAAACAUCCCAAUCUACUCCUUCGACGGACGGGACGUAAUGGCAGACCCCUUCUGGCCUAAGAAGAGCAUCUGGCAUGGCUCUAAUACGUUUGGCAACCUGUUGGUAGACCGGUCCUGCGAUUCGUGGCAGUCUGACAACAUGGCCAUCAUGGGCCAGUCGUCUAAUCUAGCUUCAGGCUUCCUCCUGGGACAGCAAGCACAGAGCUGUAGCAACCAGUUUGUGGUCCUUUGCAUCGAGACCAGAGAUCAUGUUUAACAUACUGCUCCGUCCUCCUCCACAUUCAUCUGCUCUCAUCUUAUCACUCUGGAAAGGUGUCAACUAUAUGUACAUUCCUUUAUGAGCAUUUCAUCAUUGUCAUGAACAUAUUCCUCCUCUCCCAUCCUCUGAUUGGUUGAUUGACUGACUGAGAUGAGAUGGCGGAUACUUGUCUGUCGAUACCAGCUCCAAAUCAUGGCUUUGCGGAGUUUUUCAAAGCCAACUUUCAAGAUUAUUUCUCACUACAGAUGUUUCACCUACUCAAGAUGUCACCUUUCGUCUUCCAGUGAUUGACCAUGUUUAUCAUUUGUCCUAUUAGCUCAUUCUUUAAGAAAUGUUUGUUCCAUUAGACCAGGGCCAAUAGCAUAUUUCACAUGCAUAACACCCAUAUUCUACAAAGUUGUUCAGUAAAGAAAUGCUGAUGCUAUAUUAGAUGUGUUUUUACGUCCAGUGAUUUCUCAUUUGAGCAACAAUUUCUCUCAGUAUUUCAUUUCAAUUCAACAUCUUAUUUAUACCGUAACUACACAUAACGUGAAUGAAUCAAAUUAUUAAGGUUAAGUAUGUCAUUUAUAGUUUGUUUGUCAAGGACUGUUUUAGUUUUUUUGUAAUUUCGUUGUACAGCAUUCCUGUUAUGGCGCUAGAAUUUUGAUUUGAUAGGUAGCUAGUUAGAUGUGACUUCAUUCAACAUUAUUUCCACCAAUCACAUAGCAAUUCACCACAAAAAAAGUUAUAACUUAUGAAAUUCAUAAGUGAUUUUAUCAAUUAUAAGUGAGUAUAUUUUAUACAAUCAUUGGUGCUUAUUGAUUAAAAAUGUUUUUCAUUUUCUUAA